AUGACUCAUAACCAAGUGGAAGCUAAACGAAAACAGGAAGAAGAAAGAAAAAAAGAAGAGGAGAGGAAGAAAAAGUUGGAAGAGGAAAAAGAAGCAAAAAGGCGGUUGAAGGAAGAGGAGAAAUUGAAGCUUGUUCGUUCAGUCAUUGCGCAGAAGAAGGCUCUGGCUCAAUGUGCAAAGGAAAAAGCAAUGGAAGAGAAGCGGUUACGAUUAGAGGAGGAAAAGAAACAAAAGGCAGCGGAAAAAGCUCGUAAAGCUGAGGAAGAACGCGAGAAACGGCUACAAGAACAGGCUGAAAAGGAGAGAUUAUUGAGAGAAGAACGGGAGCGGCAAGCUAGGGAGGAAGCUGAAAAGAAGCGAAAAGAAGAGGAAGAGCGGAAGCGUUUGGAGGAGAUCCGAGUAAAAGUUGAAGAAGAAAAGGCCAGAGAGUUGGAAAGACAACGACAAGCUCAACUGCGCGAGGAAGAGGAGAAAGCGGCGCAAUUGCUGGAAGAAGAGAUUUUGUUGGAAGAUCCUAGUGAGGUUCCACCAGAACGAAAAAUGGAGCUUGAGGUAGUGGCCUAA